UCUUUAUUACUGACAAGUCAUCCAUAGCAGCUCUCAAGAACAAAAGCAAACAGAGACUUUCUAGAUCCUUUUCUUCACUACAAAUCACUCACCUGAUACUACAGCAAGACUUCCAGUUAUAAUCGAUCAUGAUCUCCGUUGUAAUCAUCACUGAACUACUAGUGGAGUACACGGCGGCUCUAGCAAAACUCACCGCAGGGAUUCUUCCGAGACGACAAGGCGGCAGCAACGUCUUAAGGGUUGGAGGUUUCAUCUUGCCAUGUCCUUCUCUGUCGAGUACUAAUCGGUCAUCGCCAAUACCAGACUUUUCUGCUCAUCUUGUAGAUUUCUGAUGUGUGACGACUUCUUUAGAGUUUUUGAUUUUUGAUUUUCUAUCCUUUUAAUUUAAAUAGAAGAGUGGCGGCUGAGAUUUUUCCCUUGAGUGUGUAUAUAUGCCUCUCUUCCUCUUUGAAAAUCUGUAUCGAAAUAUAAUAGAGAUUUUUUUUUAUGAUUUUGAUGCACUCUCUUGAUAUUUACUUGUCAGACGUGCUUCAAAUUUUAUGACCUUAUAAGAAUCUUUAAAAAAGAGAGAAUUGAAUCUUUCAUAUGUGAGAUAAGUCGGCUUUGACUGAUUAAGUUCAUAAGUUACUGUAAUACUGUUAAGUGCCUGAUAUGGUGAAAAUCAUGUCUAUUGAAAUAUUUGGAUAGUAUCAGAAUUUACAGCUCUUCUGGUCGAC